AUGUGUGAAGUGGCGAGCACAAAGUUUCACAGCAGCAAUGAGCCUGUUCCAAUAUCCGCCCUCUUUGGGCAUAUGUUGGCCCUCAAGCCUUUUGAUUAUACACCUACGGAAACGGCAUCUCUGACUUCUGAAUCUUCCGAUAUGGCUAUGGAGGUAGAUGUGAAGCCAAGCUGUUCAACACGUGUUGUGGGGAAACUUGAGAUACCCGUGAGUUGCCUAUUCUGGCUGGAUUCUGGAAUGAUUCGCUUUGGCCGCGUCGAUAAAGUUCCUUUGAUUCCAGCCACCUCCCACUCCCGUACGUUCAACGGCAACCUGUCAGGUGUGCACUGCAGAUGGAGCCACACUUCACUACGGUGGCAUGGUGUGUGGGUGAGUAGGCGCUAG